AUGGUUAAGAAAAUUCUCAUUACUGGUGCAUCCGGUCUCAUCGGUGGUAUAUUAAUCGAACAUCUAUCAAAAAAUCCCAACUAUGAUAUUUAUGGUAUCGAUAAACAUAUCGGAUUAUCAAUACGCUAUCAACUUGAAAAUAUAAAAACAUCAAAAGAACAACAACCGAUAUUACCAUCGAAGGAAAAAUUUUAUGUAUGUGAUAUUACUGAUAGAGAUAAACUUUCACGUAUUAUACAAGAUAAUCAAAUCAAUAUUAUUAUUCAUUUGGCAGCAGUUUUAGAAAGACAAACUAUUGAUGAAAUUAAUCGUGUUAACUGUGAUGGUACUAGCAUCUUAUUUGAUAUAGCAACAAAACAAGAACAUGUAGAAUUGAUUAUUUUUAGCAGUUCAGUAACGGUUAUGUUUGGCUAUUUAGAAAAUGAACCAUAUUCAUUAUUAGCAAAAAACAUUAAACCAUUGCAACCAUUAAAAAAGGUAACAAUCAAUGACCCACCAAUGCCAUGGCGUGGAGAUCCAUUGCGUGAAGCAUAUUCCAAGAGUAAAAUAUAUGCCGAAGAAUUAGCCAAACAAUAUUCAUCGAUUCAGGCAAAUAAAAUAAAAUUUGUCGGUGCUAGACUCGGUAUGAUAAAUACAAUAGAUGAUGUAGAGUAUUAUUCGUGUGAUUGGGCAAUUAAAUCAACAUAUUGCAGUUAUCGUGAUUUAUGUCAAUUUAUUGAUCGAGUAUUAGAAAAUCGAUCGAAACUGAAAAAUUUUCAAAUUUAUUUCGUUUCAUCCAAUAAUGAUUAUGGUUGGAUUGAUAUGGACAAUUGUAGAGAAGAUUUAAAUUAUGUGCCUCAAGAUAGCGCUAGAUGGAAUUAG